ACCUUAUCCUCACUUAUUUCAGCAGCACACUGCACGAAUAUUGGUCUUAGCUUCGAGAUACAGUCGCGGACUGAUAAAAUCCAUGUUCGCAGCUGUCUAUCCGCCGGGACAAGCACACGAUAGAUCGUGCGGUCACGUAGUUCUAUGGAAUCGUAGGAUGGGCGCAAUUGCGCAGCUCCAAUGAGUGAACACAAGCAUCAAGUAGGCUUGUCACACUAUGAAUUGUUCCUUGUUUACCUAUCCUGCGCUUCGAAGGAAUCCUUGAGUCUAGAACUCGGCGCGAUCGACUCCUCUAUUGCAUGAAAUGUCUUGCUUUCAGUCUACUUGUUUGCUCGAAUACCGACACGUUGCCGGUCAGGGUGGACUGUGGAUGCUCUCAAAAGAAGUGUAUCCGUAGUCGUGCACAAGAACCGGACUCUUGGAGCGCACGUUAUACGUCUUCCGCAACCAUGCAGGCAACGAGAUUGUUUAAUUUAGAUCCGCCAUCGCACAAGGGCACUGUGACUAUGUGUACUGCGCCUGCGUUGGUAGUACACAUCACACCACGUUGCUUUCCUUGGCACCUCUGCAGGUCCUUAUAUUCAUCUUCUGAGUCUACCAGUUGGAUUACUCGCAGGCUCAUGCCCUGGAUGAGACCCUCCUAAUCGCGAAUGCUUCCGCUGGUUUGUGGUAUGGGUCUUCC